AUGGCAACUGACGAAGAUCCGGAAGGUUCGCGCCCUCAACGCAUCCCUUACUGGCGCAUCCUAACGGACCAAAGCGUGGUCACUCCUCAAAUCCUUGAGUACUCCUACCUCGGCACCGGCACCGAACAAGACCCCUACAUCGUUGAAUGGAUUCCCGAUGACCCGCGCAAUCCCAUGCACUUUGACCCUCGUCUGAAAUGGAUGUAUACGGUCACAGUCGCCUUUGCUACCCUGGCCGUGUCCCUGGCCUCCUCGGCCUAUGCCGGUGGGAUUAGCGAAGUCUUGAAAACUCUAGAAGUGAGUCAAGAGGUAGCGACACUCGGGGUUUCACUUUUCGUACUGGGCUUCGCCGUCGGACCGCUGCUGUGGGCUCCACUGAGUGAAUUUAUCGGACGCCAGGUGGUAUUCUUGAUCACCUUCUUUUCGCUGUCGGCCUUUUGCGCAGGUGCCGCUGGUGCCCAAAAUAUCUGGACAUUGACCAUCCUCAGAUUCUUCGCGGGCUCCUUUGGCUCGUCCCCUCUCUCCAAUGCCGGUGGGGUCAUCGCAGAUAUCUUCACAGCCGACCAGCGCGGCCUGGCAACCAGCCUCUUCGCCGGUGCACCGUUCCUGGGUCCCACUUUGGGUCCGGUUAUCGGUGGUUUUCUCGGGGAGAAUGAGGGCUGGCGAUGGGUUCAGGGAUUCCUCGCAAUUUUCACCGGCGUGAUCUGGCUGGCCCAGUGCCUCCUAGUCCCCGAGACAUAUGCUCCACUACUGCUCCGCAGACGCGCUGAACGCCUCUCGUCUAUCACGGGCCAAGUCUAUCGUAGUAAGUUGGAGGUGGAACGGGGCCGGGUAUCAGUUCGGAAUGCGUUCAAGGCGGCACUAGGACGUCCCUGGAUUUUAUUGUUUGCGGAGCCUAUAGUCCUGUUGCUCUCGUUGUACAUGGCGCUCGUUUAUGGCACGCUUUAUAUGCUUUUUGAUGCUUUCCCAAUUGUCUUUCAGGAGAUCCGGGGCUGGAGUGAAGGUGUUGGCAGUCUCCCAUUCCUCGCUGUGAUGAUCGGGAUGAUGAUUGCCGUCGGCCUGAAUAUGUACGACAACAAGCGCUAUGUGCGCAUCCACCACCAGCAUAAUGGCUUCGCACCACCCGAGGCCCGUCUACCACCAACAAUGCUGGGUGGACUGGCCAUCCCUAUCGGGCUAUUUUGGUUCGCGUGGACCAACAGCUCCUCAAUCCACUGGAUUGUGAGCGUACUCGCCACGGCCCCCUUCGGGUUUGGUAUGGUCUUCGUCUUUCUGGGGAUCAUGAACUACCUCAUCGACGCCUACACUAUCUACGCGGCGUCCGUCCUAGCUGCCAACUCGAUCAUCCGGUCCUGCUUCGGGGCUGGGUUUCCUCUUUUCACGACAUAUCUGUAUCACAAUCUCGGUAUCCACUGGGCAUCAUGUAUUCCUGCCUUUCUGGCCCUAGCAUGCGUCCCGUUUCCUUUUAUCUUCUAUCGUUAUGGGCCGACCAUUCGACGGAAAUGCAGGUACGCUGCCGAGGCCGACAACUUCAUGCGCGCAUUAGCCCAAAAGGCCCAGAGCCAGGGUUUCGACGACCAAAAGCAGGUGGAGAUUGCGACUGAGGCCGAAUUGAAUCGUGGCGAUGUGUCCUCUGCCACGGAACCUGCGGCCGACGAGCACUCACUCUCAUCGUGGUCGACAAUGGAGCGGACUGACACGGCCUACGAUGCCAACCCGUAUGACAUCGACCAUGUGAACACGUGCAACUCGGCUAUCACGCAGCGGUCCUGGUCGACACAUGGCCGGGGUCGCGGGAUCUUUGGCUUUUGGCGCAAAUCAUAG